AUGGAUACCAUUGUUUAUAACCUUCCAUGUUCUAAAUUUCUGUUACAACGUCACCUUCCUCUAACCCUACCGUUUUCGCAUCCCGUCCCUCCUAUCAAACCUGAUGGGAAUAAAUAUAAAUCGAAAGAACCAACUGUAAAAAAUAAGGGUUUUGGGUUUUACUCUUCUGAGUUCCAAGUGAUACACCUUGUGUUUGAAACAAUUGGGUUCUGCAGCGUGAAUGCGAAUGCAGUUAGAAAUAUUUACACUGUUGUUGCAUUUUGUGCUGGUAAUAAGGUAUAUUUGCAAACGACAAAUGAACUAUUUGAGUCUAUUUUUUGGAGAUCCAAAAAAAUGACAGUUUUUGAUGCGGAAUGUUGUAUCGAGGGUAUUAGUAAUAGCACUUUUGUACACAGUAUAUCCUACUGUCCUCCAUUCUUGCUUUUAAAAUUGGACAUUCCUAGGACACUUGAAUAUCUGCAUCAAGCGGCUGCACAUUUUAAAUUUGGCAUGUGCAAUUGGAAUGUUCCAUGCUGGGUGGAUACCCCUGAAGAAUGUGCUUCCUUAAUAGAAGCAAACAUCAAACUAAAGCUUGGAUCUGGAACUUUGAUAGGAGUUCUUAUUCCUCAAGAUAACUCAACAUCUGGACAUAUAAUUUAA